CUCCUACACAUUAUGAGAUCUGGGUGAUGUUUAGACAUGAUGAAGAAGACUGUCAAAGAGUCAUUCGGCAUUUUGGCGGCACUUCCUUCUUUAGAAUCAUAUUGCCGUGGAGGAAGGUGCUUCGAGUUCAUGAUACUAUCAGUACUUCGAGCGAGUGAAAUAUGUAUAUGAGCAGCAACCCCAGGGUAACCCUCUCCAACCCUUUGUAUACAAACCAACAUGUUAGGAUUUCUCACCAGGCUAAGAAGCCUCUCAUCCGUUGCCAAAUUCAGAUUGUACAGCACACCUGUCCCUUCUGAGGUACACCUUCAAAUUCAAAUUCAAGAUGUCCUCAAUGGUCGUUAUAAGAUAUUGCAGUGUCUGGGUCGAGGACAAGAGGCCACGGUUUGGCUUGCUCAAGACGCCACUGCACCCCGCAAAAAUGUGGCAAUAAAGGUCCUUACAGACCAUGUCACGUCCCUCCAAAACAUUCAUGCAUUUGAAUUGCGUGUCAUGGAACGCAUAUCUCAUUUGCCGCCAACGCAUCCUGGAGUACCACAUCUUCUCAGCCUACAUGAUCAUUUCACCUCUCAUGGACCACAAAACAGUGAACACCUCUGUAUCGUGAACGAUGCACUUGGACCUUCCAUUCUUGACCUUCAGUCUUCUGUGGAAGGACAUCGGUUAUCGUCGGCAGUGGUCAAACAUGUUACUCGUCAACUUCUACGCGCUUUGCAGGCGCUGCACGAUUGUAACACCGUACAUACUGAUAUAAAAAUGGACAAUAUUCUGUUCAGAAUUCCUGAGGAUUCUUUCGAUACUGAGCAUGUUCUAAAGGGCGAGAACGCUGUCCUUAUUGAUUACGGUACAGCUAUGCCUCUUGAGAGCCACCCAGACCGUCUCAUUCAACCAGAAGCACUCCGUAGCCCGGAAGUUCUCUUAGGUUGCCCCUGGAACACGAAGGCUGACAUAUGGAACCUUGGUUGUAUUGUGUUUGAACUCUUGACCGGUCAGCGUUUGUUCAGACCACGACCUAUUGUAUCAUAUAGCGCGGAACAAUAUCAUUUGGCCCGUAUCUUUGGCACACUCGUGGAUAAUCACGAAAUUGAACGACUUGCCUCCUACUUCUCUCAUGGGCUGCACUACACGACCUUCUUCAAUGAACGCCACGGCCUUCGGCUUUCUAUCGGCUCUGAUCACCGCGAAAGCUUGCAGCGCAUACUGGAAAUAUACAACGUUUACGAUGCCGCGCUGCUUGAGCUGCUAACGGCUAUGCUACGGGUUCACCCAGAUGACCGACCGACUGCAGCACAAUUAGAAGACUUCUCUUGGUUUGACAUUCAGUGAAGCCGGGGCAGAAAUCAAAUCUGCAUAUGGAGCAUAAAAAAUUGGGACACCCAGGGUAAGCACAUGAAAGGGUGUUUACAGUCCUUAGACC